AUGAUUAUGAUUAAUAAAUUAGUUGACCUACUCAUUAAUAUAUGUUUACAACCUUACGUGAAAAUAAUUACCGCUGGUUUUGCCUUAUAUGUUAUUAUAAAGGCAGGAAAAUAUAUUUAUUUUCGAUUUCGUAGAAAACAACGUCAAAUAGAACAAACAUAUAUUGACAAACUAAAUGAUACUAUAACAAACCAAAAUGUGACGAUUGUAUGGUUUUUUGAGAAGAUUGAUAUUCAAAUAGAAAAAGAUAUAAAAAAAGUACAUGAUCAUUGCAUUUUAUGUACGACGAUAAAUGAAUUGACAAAAUCAAUAGAUAAAUAUAAAAAUAAUAAAAUAAUUCUUAUUGUAUGUGGUCAAUAUUCUCGUGAUAUAUUAAAAGAAUUUCAUAAUCAUGAAAACAAAGAUAAAAUCUACUCGUUUUACAUAUUUUGUAGGAACAAACAGUUGUAUCAAGAUUUAGUUGAUGAUAAUAAAUAUUCAAAAUUAAUGGAUAUCUAUGUAGAGUAUAAAGAUCUAUUCGAAGCGUUACAAAAUGAGUUAUGCUUACUAUUAAAGCAUUUAUCGAUAUUUAAUUUAUUUGUGAAAAAUAGCAAAUCUAUACGUGAUUUAAAAGAUGAAUCGGUUGACUAUUUAUGGUAUCAAUUAUUACGUGAUACUCUGAUGAAUACGGAUGUAUUGGGUUCGAAACAAGAAAUGAUCGACUAUUGUCGUCUAUAUUAUCAUAAAGAUUCUGGAAUUUUAAAAAAAAUAGAUGAAUUUGAGUUAUCAUACCAUUCAAGUGAUGAUAUUCGUGGAUAUUCGAAAAAUUCUAUGUUAUCAAGAAUGAUGGAUCAAGAAUUACGAUCAUCACACCACAUAGAUAUAUUUAAAGACUUAGAGGAAUCCCACGAAAUGAAUCGGGUGAAUUCAGAAAAUUCUUCUUCUUCUUAG